UGUCAGCAGCCCUGUUGACGUAGGCUGUAGUGCCAAGUUGGCAAACACAGAGUGUCCGGGAGCCUCCCCAGAUGGCUUUGAGAACUCCCCCAGGAAGAGACCCCCUACCAGCUCCUUCCUGUCUCUCUGGUGGCCUGUGGCUUCUGCCUUCUGGACAGGGGCCCAAGAGGCCCCAGAAGCAUAUAAGGGGAGGGGACAGAGGUCCAGGAACAAGACACCCAAGGCGAAACCUCUCAGCCAGGUAAGCUGUGUGCCUCCCAGGGAUGGACAUGGCAAAAUGCAGCUGGUUCCCUGUCCAAGACUUGGGUGGUCUUUGCUCUUUCCCCUCAGACUUUGAGAUGUUCCAGCUGGAGGCCAUGCUGGCCUUACUGAUUCUUGCCUUCUUGGGCACCCCCACCGUUUUGACACAAGAUUAUCAUGGUCCAGAAGUUGGAAAACAUUCCUGCACUAGUGCACCUGAAGGAAAAAAUAUAACAAGUAUCCGGGUAUUUCUUAAGGGUAGAUUGAUUGUUGGAAUUCAGCUCAACUAUGAUGACAACAAGGACGGUCAAGUGUAUGGCUCUACUGCCGGGAAGGAAAUGGUAGCCAGACUGUCUAAGGAAGAGCACAUCAUUGCAGCCCAGGGCACAUACACUCCUUCGGCUUUAACUCAGAUAAUCUUUACGACCAACCAGCCUCGCCAGCUAAUGGUGGGGUAUUAUGUGGGCAAUUCUGAGUACUCUAGCUUCCCUAACGAUCCCAGCCAUGUGCUCAAGGGAGCUUGUGUCUCUUGGAGGGCAGGUGGCAUAAAGAGUAUCUUGUUUUUGUGGGGAAGUGAAAACAGUUCAUGUGUGAAAUAUGGCCACUCAGGCUGAAGUGGUCUGUGUCAGGUACUUCCAAACUGAACCCAUGAAUAAAUACAACAUCUGCAUGA